CCUCGUUCUCAAAAAGGGGAAAUAAACGAAGGAACAGAUCAUCAGGGGAGUAAAGCAAAUCCGGGGUCAAUCUCCUCGCUUAGAGCUGGCAGCAAGGGUAAAGCGGGGUAGUCCCCUGACCUUAAACUCAUUUGCAUCCCAAUUCUCUCACCGUCACUCAAACCAUCCAGAUACGGGACGAGACACCGAAAGUUGACAUCUCGAAAGUCACCUAUGAUCAUCUGCUAAAGGCGUGAAAGGGGAAGGUAUCACGGAUCAUCGAUACUAGCACCAAGACAAGUCAUCGCUCCGACGAUAGCUUCAUCUGCUGGGUAUCACGCGAGUCUAUUCUGACAAGACUAAGUCGGUAUCACAUGGAGUUUUAUUUCUUGCAGUAUGUGAUCGGUAUUUCGCUAUGGUGGCAUAGACAUACAUAUAAAAGGUAGGUGGAGAAUUUCCGGGCCUGUCCGAGUAACUCGCACUUGAGCUUCAGUUGAUGAGAUUUUAACUCCUGCAAACAUGGCUCCUUACAUAUCUCUCAUAGCAUCUCUCGCUUAUCUAUUCAGUUCUGUUAAUGCUGCCCCAUACAACACAUUCGAUGGCGAGGGAUUCCCUGCUUGCCGCAAUGUUUCCGCAGUGUACCAGCCCUCCUCAGUAGAUGAGAUGGUCUCUCUCGUCAAGUCUGCGGCAGCGAAAAACACGCCUGUGCGAGCAAGCGGGAAAAGUCACAUGUGGUAUGACACCAUGUGCUCCGAUGAUCCGUCAACAAUCAUCAUCCAGACCGAAGGUGUCAACAAGAUCGGUGGCUUCACACUUUCCGGUGGUACAGGAUCGGUGAUAAUCGAAGCAGGUGUGACCUUCUUCCAACUUGCCGAUUAUCUCCAUGCAAGGGGAGCUUCAAUGGGAUACACCCUAGUCAACUGGAAUAUGACCAUUGCCGGUGCCGUUGCUAUGGGAGCUCAUCGGUCAUCUUUGAGAGAAGCUUCUAUGGUCGCGGCUGGAGUGCUGGAAAUUGAUAUCAUUGAUGGCACUGGAACAAUCCAGAAGAUCCCAAGAAAUGAGAAUAACGAUACGUGGCUUGCUGCUUCUACAUCGCUGGGUCUCCUGGGUCCGAUUGCGAGAAUGAAGUUUAAGAUCUAUAGCGACUUCAAAGUUUACGCAAAGCAAGACAUUUUGGAAGAGAAAGACGUCUUAGACGGCGAUAUCUAUGGCCUCAUUGCCCCAUAUGCAACAGCAAACUUCUGGUGGUGGCCCUACCUCCGCAAGUUCCAUCACAGAUACUACGACGUCGUCCCCACAAGCAUGAGCAACCAGCAGGGCUUCCAAAACACCUUCUCCAUCUCCCAAGCCGAAGCCGACAUCGCGCGCGGCCUCCUCGACAGCGGCAAAUACCUCCCCACCUCAAACAUGCUCGCCGAAACAAUCUUCUACGGCAUCUGGUCGUCGCCUAAUUUCCACGAGAAGACCAACGACACGGCAAUCACCAAUUGGCCCGUCUACGGAUGGAACUACGAUGUGCUUAUCGGUGGAUUGUAUCCUGGUCAGCAGCCAGAGUGGGAUUACAAUCUGCACGGAUACACGCUGGAGCUUGCUGUGCCGGUGACGCAGGCUAACAAGUUGUUGAAGAGGGUGAGGUCGCUGUUUGAUGCGGAGCUCAAGAAGGGGAUUGUGAUGACUUCGACUUAUAGGAGUGGGAUUAAUAUUAAGUUUGGACGGCCGUAUAAUGAUUUCUUGGGUCAGGUGUGGACGAAUACGACGGAUGGAUCGGAUUGGUCGAAGGGGGCUAUUAUGUUUGAUUUCCCUACUUACUGGCCUACGGUUGGGGAUCACUUGAGGUUUAAUGAGCCGUUCUAUCACAAUCUUGCUACGGUCAUCAUCAACGAGUUUCCUUGCAGACCACAUUGGACCAAGAACAGUCGCGAUGUCUUGACUCAAGCUGUCAAGAACCUCGAUGCAAGCCACCUUGCGCGUUUCAAGGCUGUCAGAAAGAGGUUCGACCCCAAGGGAAUCUUCAAGAGUGUCGUUGGGGAGAUUAUCGGGGUUAUGAAUUAAUCGUCCGUAGACUCAUCUUGGAGAUGCCGUUCAGAAGUUGCUCAAUAGUCGUAUCCGUAUUCUCAAAUAUAAACACCAUCCUGCUCAUAA